ACAGGACCCCUAUUGACCAUCCCUGGUUAUACGUGGCGCCCAGCGUUCGGAUUGUGUUACGAAAUAGCAAUUAGACGGGAAUUGCGUGCAAAAUGCCACCGAAAAAAGACAUGGCCGCCGCCGAUUCAAACACGGGUGCGAAGCUGAAAAGCUCACCUUCCACUCCGACAUUGGCGACAUCGGAGCCGUCUUUUAAUUUAACGAUGCCACAAGAGUACCUAACUAUUUUGUUGCAACAAAUGCAACAAUCGCACAACGAAUUGUGUGAGAAGUUAGUGACGGCGACUCAAGCCACAACGCACCAACGCGACAGACACUUCGCCGGUUGCAAACUCAGCUUUAGCGGAGCUGAAGAUUCGGUCGAAGACGCCUUAGAGGUUUUUGUCGAUGGCAUCCAAACAUACAAAGAUUGUGCUAAGAUAUCUGAUGAAAAUGCAGUACGCGGAUUGUCAUUUUUAUUCACCGGACUCGCGGCAACAUGGUGGAAUGGCGUUCGUAAAAGCAUAAAAACGUGGAACGAAGCCAUUACCGACCUACAACAUGCAUUUGGCAAGCGGAAGGCUCCUUUCCUCAUAUUUCGAGAGAUAUUCCGCGAAGAACAAGGCGAUGAAAAGACAGAGAUUUUCAUAUGUAAAAUUCGUGCAUUGAUAGCUCAGCUGCCAUAUUCGUUCGAAGAAAAUAUUCAAAUUGACAUUGUCUACGGUUUACUAAACCGACGGAUACGGAAGCGAGUCCCCCGCGAUGACGUCAAGUCGUUCAACGAUUUAUUUCGAAAAACUCGAUCAGCCGAAGAUUCACUGGCUGAAGUGAACGAGACGAACGGAACGACAUCCGUGAACGCAUCAAACGUCAACGCUGUCAAUGGCCGAACUGUCAACCGAAAUAAUGGAAACGAUCGGAACUCCGAAAAUAAAACAAGUACCGCGUCUUCUGAUAAUAAACAAUUAAAACAGAAAACCUUCACGCGACAAAGUGCUACUAAUGAAAAUAAAGUGUCGAACGAUACGAACUCUACCGCGAAACCAAAAUCAAGUCGUUUUUGUAAUUAUUGCAAGUUAUUCGGACAUAAUAAAGAUAAUUGCAAAUGGUUGCUCGCGAAACGUUCAGACACGACGGUUACUUCUACCGAUAACAGUGACAAUGCAAAAAGUGAAAAGUUUUCGUGUUAUGGCUGUGGAACCCCUGGAGUGGUUCGCGCCAACUGCCCGCGAUGUAAACAAGACCCCGGCGCUGCAGGGAGCAGCGGAGGCGUCGCAUUCUGCGCAUUCUCGACUGAAGAAGAAGCUACGACGACGGAGUCUACCACACCUGUCGAUAUAUGCGCGCGCGAGACAAACACACACAUUUACACACUUACACUAGAUGAGUACCUUCUACUGGGACAACAAGCCGACAGACCGCGACCUAUUCUUCCUAUUACCGUCUGUGGACGCGAAGGUCGUGCAGUCGUCGACACAGGUGCGGAGAGGAGUGUUGCAGGUGAAAGUCUGUACAAAUUAAUGAAGAACUCCGGUAAGUCAUUUACCCCUUCCACUUUGAAUAUUAAAUAUGCCAAAGGGCGUUCUGAAGUAGAAGAUAUACUCUCCAUAAACAUCACUAUUGUGUUAAAAGGAAAACCUAUACCUAUGAAUUUUAUAAUCUUCCCCGAAGCUACCGGUAAUCAAACCUUGUUAGGCAUGGACUUCAUAUUCAGAUCAGGAUUAAAGACUGAUUUUGACAACCAUACCUGGAGCUUUAGAGGUGAACCUGACAUUCAGUAUGAACUACAAUACGAACAUGACCCUGUAGCCAUAGCUGCAUGCAAACCUACUGAGGCAUCUCAGAAACUUCGUGAUAAUGAAGGUAUCACACUCAAUAAUGAACAACGGGACAAGUUGUCCUCACUCCUUGACCGUCACCGGGAUACUUUCAAUCUAGGGGGAGAGCCAACCACAUAUGCUGUCCAUCAUAUUGAGUUGAUAAAUAAAAAUAUACAACCUAUCUCUGUACCACCUUACAGAUUACCAGAGCCUAAGAAGGAAGCCCUGCGAGUGGAACUCGAGAAAAUGCUGAAAGAUGAUGUCAUCGAAGAGUGCGAGUCUCCAUGGUCUGCUCCUGUGGUACUAGUACCGAAGAAAGACAAUACUAUAAGAGUUUGCAUUGACUACAGAAAACUGAAUGCAGUAACCAAACCCGAUCGAUACCCGCUGCCAAGAGUGGAUGACAUAUUGCAUGGAACUGGCAAGUUUAAAUACAUAUCUGCCUUAGACCUUCGUGCUGGAUAUUGGCAGGUACCAGUCGCAAUGGAAGAUCGUGAUAAAACCUCAUUUGUAACACCACUAGGAAUGUACCGCUUUAAGCGAAUGCCUAUGGGACUGCGAAACUCUGGAUCUACAUUCCAAAGAUUAAUGGAUAGAUUUCGUUCCAACCUUCCCAAUGUAACAUUACUGGCUUAUCUUGAUGAUGUCCUGAUCCUCUCAGAUAGUUUUGAGAAGCAUCUCCAAGACAUGGAAGCUGUAUUUCAGAGACUCAAACUUUUCAAGCUGCGAGUGAACAGAGAAAAGAGCACUUUUGCCUGCGAAUCAGUGAAGUACCUCGGACACAUCCUGUCAGCCGAUGGAAUCCAACCUGACAUCGAGAAGACUAAGGCCAUCAGUGAGAUGAAGGAACCACUCAAUGACAAACAUCUGAAGACCUUCAUCCAGACUUGCUCCUGGUUUCGGAAAUUCAUUCCCGAUUUUGCGAAGAUAGCAAGACCACUGACAAUGUUACUUAAAAAGAACCAAAACUGGAUCUGGGGAGAAGAUCAAGUCAAGGCAUUCAAAGAGUUGAAGAAAUGCCUCACAUCCGCGCCAAUCCUACGGCAAGUUGACUAUACCUUACCUUUUACACUUAGAGUUGACGCGAGUGGAUACGCUUUGGGAGCUGUUCUGCUUCAAGGUCAAGGCUAUGACGAGCGACCUGUAGAAUACGCGAGCAGACUACUCACGAGCGCCGAACGGAACUAUGCAGAUCAAAAGCGUAGACCACAUGAAAGUUAUAACAUCGGCGAUAAGGUCCUUUUGAAAACACACGUCCUAAGUAACCAAACAAAGGGCAUAACUAGCAAAUUUGCGCCCCGACGUGACGGACCAUAUACUAUUUCAAAGAUAGUAAGUCCGACUACUUAUAUGUUAACAAACAAUGGUGAAACUGUUGGUAAAUACCAUGUGUCAGACUUGACUACAUACCAUCAGAAGAGUGGUGAUGAACCUGCAGAGCCCAUCAUGCCACAAAGGAAGAGAGGUAGACCGCCUAAGCGAGCACCUGCUACCCCUACUCCGCCUGCAACUGGUGAGAAGAAGAGAGGAAGACCACGCAAGAAGCAACCUGUGUGUCGGCCCAUGGGCGAGGACGUCCCCAUGGCCCGAAGGGGGAGCCUGUAGCGCAGCCCUUAGUUCCCACACAGACGUGUAGACACACCUUCAUACACACGUCUGUGAACCCCUUAAUCUUCAUACACUCACCAUUCAUCACAUUCACUCUAACCAAUCACUCAAUCACCUCGCGUGCGCCAUAUUGGCAGUCCGAU